CUGGCCGGCGGCCGCCGACGGCAGUGUUGUGGUCGGAGGAAGCCGACUGAGUAAUAGUCGGCUGGCAAGUUUAGUAGCGUUACCCCUCGUUGUUUGCUAUGAGUUCAAACUCGAGUAAAGUUACUUGGACCGCGGGCAAGUCUUAACCAUGUAGUCCCAUAACGUUGUAUGUGGCGUUGAUUCGGUGUCGUGUUUAACUUAGUUAAAAUGCAGCGAAGGAUCGACUGCUAGUUCGGUACUGCUAACGGUAAAUACCGCCGUGUCCCUAGCAUAGCUUUAGCCUCGUAUUGACCCAGCCGGACGAAUAGGUAUGCCCUGGACGUCAUGUCACUCUGAUUAUAGAGACAUUGUUUUGAGAUGUGAGCGUGUAUCUGGUUGGGCAGUGGAGAAGUGCUUUCGUAUCAUAUCUAACAGAAAGGGAAGUCCUUGGCUUUAGCUGUCAAACCCCAACAGUGGCUCUCAACCAUCCUCCGCACUAGCUGGGGUGGCCUUGCUGAGAUAGCAACAAGCUAGCUGCAGGUUAGGCAGAUCAACCAAAGUUCUGCUGUCUGUGGAUGGCCUGUAUCUCAGCCAUGGACAUGCCAAGCCCCGUCCGGCUCCCGGUCCACCUCAACGGGACGGCCCACCUGGACAGCCAGGAGCCCACAGUAACCGCUGUGGCCCUCAGACUUCACCUCUACCACAGCGGGCCCCUGGGAGAGAGAGACGGCCCCCUCACCUUCCCACCCGGCCACUACCUGGCGGAGGAGCUCUGCAUACAGGCAGCCAAGACAUGUGGUGUGUCCCCGCUGUACUCCAGCCUCUUCGGCCUCUUCUGCGAGCAGGAGGCCUUGUGGUUCCCACCCAGUCACGUCUUCCAGCUGGACGGAGCGGCCUCAAAGGACAUAUCGUUUAAGAUAAGGUUCUACUUUCCCAACUGGUACUGUGGUGGUGGGUCGCGGGCCUAUCGCUACGGACUCUCAAAGGGGUCUGAGAGCGCUGUGCUGGAUGACUCGGUCAUGGCGUACCUCUUCUCUCAGUGGAAAAGUGAUUUUGUCAGCGGUGUGGUGCCGGUGUCCUGCUCCCACGAGGCUCAGGAAGAAUGUCUAGGCCUGGCCGUGCUGGACAUGAUGAGGACCUCCAAGGAGAGACACCUGUCGCCACUCGACAUAUAUCACACGUUAAGCUACAAGUCCUUCCUGCCCAAGAACAUGAGGUCUCAGAUCCAGGGCUUCAACUUUGUGACGCGCAAGCGCAUCCGCUUCCGCUUCAAGCGUUUCAUCCAGCAGUUCAGCCAGUGCAGGGCCUCGGCACGCGACCUCAAGCUCAAGUACCUGAUCAGCCUGGAGAGCCUGGAGGCGGCCUUCUACACAGAGACCUUCCAACUGCAGGAGCCCUCCGGAGCCGGCCUCACCAUCCUGGUGGCGGCCGACAGCGGCAUCCGCUGGUGCCGGGAGAAGAGCAAGGACACGGAGCAGGAGAUGCAGAUCCUUUGUGACUUCCCAGACGUGACUGACAUCAGCAUCAAACUGGCCAUUAAAGAAGGAGGCGGGGAGAACCGCGUGGUCACCAUCAAUAAGAACGACGGGAAGAGCCGGGACCUGGAGUUCCCUAACCUGGCGGAAGCCCUGUCCUUCGUGUCCCUCAUCGACGGCUACUGCCGGCUUACCACAGACGCACACCACUACCUCUGCAGGGAGGUGGCGCCCCCUAGGCUCAUGGAGGCCAUCCACUCCCACUGCCAUGGCCCCAUCUCGAUGGAUUUCGCCAUUAACAGGCUGCACAAGGCAGGAAACAAGAGCGGAUUGUAUAUUUUGCGACAUAGCCCCAAGGAUUUCGACAAGUAUUACCUUACCUUUCCUGUAGUGAUGAACGACGUGGUGGAGUACAAGCACUGCCAGAUCAGCCGGUCGUGCGGCGGGGAGUUCAACCUGAACGGCACCAAGAGGACCUUCAUGGGUCUGCAGGAGCUGCUGGCCUGCUACCACAAGGAGACGGUGCGCUCCGACGGGGUCGUGUUCCACUUCAACCGGGGCUGCCCGCCCAAACCCAAAGAGAAGUCGUGCCUGCUGGUGUGCAGGAGAGACAAAGGUCUGGACGUGGCCGCCUCCCCGUCGCUCCACAGACACAACAUCAGCCAGAUGGUGUUCCACAAGAUCAAGAAGGAGGACCUGCAGUUUAUGGAGAGUCUGGGCCAGGGAACCUUCACCAAGAUCUUCAAAGGCGUCCGCAAGGAGCUGGGCGACUACGGCCUCCUGCACCAGACGGAGGUGGUCAUGAAGGUCCUGGACCACGCCCACAGGGCAUACUCCGAGUCCUUCUUUGAGGCAGCCAGCAUGAUGAGCCAGCUAUCUCACAAACACCUGGUGCUGAACUACGGGGUGUGUGUCUGCGCCGGGGAGGACAAUAUCAUGGUGCAGGAGUAUGUGAAGUUUGGCUCUUUGGACACCUACCUGAAGAAGAACAAGAACUCAGUCAACAUCCUGUGGAAGCUGGAGGUGGCGAAGCAGCUGGCCUGGGCCAUGCACUUCCUGGAGGAGAAAAACCUGGCCCACGGGAAUGUCUGUGCCAAAAAUGUUCUCCUCAUCAGGGAGGAGGACAGGAGGAAUGGAAACCCGCCCUUCAUCAAGCUCAGCGACCCUGGCAUCGGCGUCACCGUCCUGCCCAAAGAGAUUCUGACGGAGCGGAUCCCCUGGAUGGCCCCGGAGUGCGUGGAGGAGCCCGGCAGCCUGAGCCUGGCCGGGGACAAGUGGAGCUACGGCACCACGCUGUGGGAGAUCUGCAGCGGGGGGGAGAAGCCCCUGGCCGCCCUCGACCACACCAAGAAGCACAUGUUCUACGCCGAACGGCUGCAGCUCCCUGCGCCCAAGUGGACCGAGCUGGCCAACCUGAUCUCCAGCUGCAUGGACUACGAGCCCAGCUUCAGGCCCACCUUCAGGGCCGUCAUCAGGGACCUCCACAGCCUGUUCACCCCCGACUACGAACUGAUUGUGGAGAGUGACAUCAUGCCCAACAAGACGCUGAGCUCUGGUUGGGUGACGGGUGGCUUUGAGAGCCAAGAGCCCGCCCAGUUUGAAGAGCGACACCUCAUAUUUCUACAACAGCUCGGCAAGGGCAACUUUGGCAGUGUGGAGAUGUGCCGGUACGACCCACUGCAGGACAACACGGGGGAGGUGGUGGCCGUGAAGAAGCUCCAGCACAGCACCGCCGAGCACAUCCGGGAGUUUGAGCGGGAGAUCGAGAUCCUCAAGUCGCUGCAACACGAGAACAUCGUCAAGUACGAAGGAGUGUGCUACAGUGCAGGCCGCAGGAACCUGCGUCUGAUCAUGGAGUACCUGCCCUACGGAUCUCUGCGAGAUUACCUGAUCAAGAACAAGGAGAGGAUAGACCACAGCAAGCUGGUUCACUACACCGCUCAGAUCUGCAAGGGGAUGGAGUACCUGUCCAACAAGAGGUACAUCCACAGAGACCUGGCCACCAGGAACAUCCUGGUGGAGAGCGAGAACCAGGUGAAGAUUGGGGACUUUGGGCUGACCAAGGUCCUGCCUCAGGACAAGGAGUACUACAUGGUGAAGGAGCCUGGGGAGAGCCCCAUCUUCUGGUAUGCCCCAGAGUCUCUGACAGAGAACAGGUUCUCUGUGGCCUCAGAUGUGUGGAGCUUCGGGGUGGUGCUGUAUGAGCUGUUUACACACAGUGACAAGAACUGCAGUCCACCGGCGAUGUUCAUGGCCAAUGAUGGGGAAUGA